UUUUGCAGAAUGGAAGCUCUCAACCGAUUUUCCCAGGAGGAAAAGGACAUUCUCCGCCGCAGUUGGAAGGUUCUGGACAAGAAUCUGAACCACACCGCCUAUAACAUUUUUGAGAUGAUUUUCAAUCAAAGCCCCGAUACCAGACAACUUUUCCCAUUUAUGAAGUUCAACACAGGAGGAAGAUCUAAGGAAAUCGAGUUUCACGCACUAAGAUUUAUGCAGGUGUUGGAAUCAGUGGUCAAAACUUUGGAUAAUCCGGAAACGCUUAAUCCACUUUGCGACAACUUGGGGAGGGUACAUGGUAGAUUGAGUGAAUCACGAGGCUUCCGAACUCACCACUGGGGCGUUUUCAUCGAAUGCACACUUUUUCAUUUUCGCAAGGUUUUGGGGCAGGACACGUAUUUCCAUCGUAUGGACGCUCUUGAUAAGGUGAUAAUCAACUGGCGAAUCAUCAUCCGACUCCUAAUCAAACAAAUGAAACGUGGCUUCAACACGGACAUCAAGAACCGCCAAGCAUCUCGUGAGCUCGAGGAGAGCAACAAAGCCUCGACGAGCAGUUCACCGAUCAGUCAGGAGUCAUGCAGUCUUGGUACGGGUCUUAGAAAGAAUUCGAGGCAGUUGAUGUUUUUAGCUGUGCCGGGAGCCGCCGCUGCGACAAUGUCACAGUCAUUGACACUGCCGGCUAUCAAUAAUAACAACUAUCGCAAGGGAAGUGAUAGUCGGUUAUCAACCGUCUCCGCACUGUCCGCCACCUCAGUCUCCCCCGCAAUCGAGCGUGCUCCGUCGACCGGCUUGCUCCGUCCACUUAAAGAAUUUGCAAGACGCCGUUUUAUAAAUCAUUUUUGAAAAUCAUUUUGUAAUCGCUUAAUUAGCUUCUUUUGAAUUCGAUGUAUCUCGACUUCUUUUCUUUAUGGCUACCCAUUUGAAUAAAUUUUAAAAUAAAUUUUAACCAC